CAGCCUCGCUCUCCCGCCGGGCCCGGACGCCCCGGCUCCCGCGCUCUCAGCCCGGGCUCCCCUAGUGCCGGCCCUGGCACCGCCGGCACUUCCUCCGGGUGCUCCUCCCGAGCAGGGGCAGCCGCUCCGCCCUGCUCCCAGCGUUGCGCUCGCCACCGGAAAGGUGGCGGUGGGGAGAUGACAGUCACCCGUGCUCGGUGGCCUGGGGGAGGGGCACAGACAGGCAAUGUAGCACCGUGGAGCCGGGCGGGCACCAGGGAUUGCAAAGCCAGGCGCCAGGCCCGUCGUGGGGGCAGCCCACGGAGGCUUCAGGGCAAGUGGGGACGGACGGACUAGUGGGAGGCUGGGGAAAUGGGGGCAGGCGGCGCAGAGAGACCCCGCUCGUGUGGGCCCUCGUGGGUGAAGCACGGAGAUGGGGCCGAGGCAGGUUCAGAGUGGAAGAGAAGAGGGUCAGGGAGAUCAGAGAUGCUGGGUGAGGGCUUCCCCCCUGCCCUGGGUGGGGGAAGCCGGGAAAGCGAGGGAUUCCGGAAGGAAGGGCAGAGAGCUGGGUCAAGUGCUGGCCAGGGGCCGGCUGGAUAGAGACCGGGGCAGGCCCAGGGCGGUUAGCAACCUCUACAUUUAUCAGCCUGGGGAGAUGGUUCCCUGGAGAUUCAAGUGCUUGUGUAGGCGAUCCUUUCUAGAAAUUCCACUGCUAAGUGAGGUGACAAGGAAUUUGAGACGAGGGCUUUUUAAAGCAUGUAUGUUAGAGCUCAGGCUGUGGGGUCAGGAGUCCCCACUUAAUAGCUGUAAACCUUAAAUACUUUGCCUCAUUUCUCUCAUCUGUAAAAUGGAGAUGAUGAUGGUAGUAUCAUGGGAUUCCUGUGAAAAUUAGAUGAGAUGAUGUCUGUAAAAUUAACACAGCACUAAAAAUAGUGCCAAUUAUUUUCCUCUUUUAUUAUUAGAGCUACUUGGGCAUAUUUUGAUGCUGAUGGGAAGGGGCAGGUAGAGAGGAAGACAGGAGAGAGAAAAGAGACAGGGGCAAAAGGGACCAGAGGAUCAGGGAUAAGCCUUGGGUUCCUCUUCUAUCCCAAAUCAGGAGGAGGAGGAAACAGGUGGGGAUGCAGGAAAGUUUACAGGUUUGGGGUGUACAGUUUAAGGGAGUGACCUUCUGAUGGUGUUGAAGUAGGCCUGGAGGUUUGCUGUAGGGGUGGGGUUCCCUGUUUACAGUGCUGCAGCGGAGUGCUGUGCCUCUAAGUUGGCAGCCUGGUGGAGUGCCAGGGAAGGUGGGCAGCUGAAUUUAUCUAGGGUCAGAGGACAAUGUCUGACUUUCCUUGUCCAAGUAAAGUUGAUAGAUGUGAAAACACUGUAUAAGCAUAAUUUACCACUUUAAUCCUUUGCCCUGAUUUUGAGGAGUUGGAAGGGCUGUGCCAUCAUCUGAGUAAAAUGUGAAAGCCUUUGGAGCACUUCACCUGGGCAAUACAACGUGCCACACCUUCACCUACAAUCUCAUUAGGUCAUCACAACAGUUGGGUGAAGUAGGUGGUAUUAUCCGAUUUUACAAAGCAGAAACUGAAAGGACCAUGCAGAAGGGAAGAUCCCAUGUCCAGGACCCACAGCUAGUAAAUGGUGGACCCAGGGUCUUAACUCAGAUCUGUCUGCCCUCAAAACCCAUGAUUUGAAACUCUGAAAGUUUGCAAAGCCCCAGUUAAGAGAUAAGCUGGAUAAGCCCCAGGAUAAGCUGGCUGCUGUGAUCUCCAUCCCAUCUUGGGCUCUACCCGCUCCCCUGGGUCUCUCUCAUGUGGAAGAACACAGAGCUUGGAACCAUACAGCCCUGGUACGAAUCUCUCUCCUGGUAUGAACUCCCACUAGGGGCUGUGUGACUUCCAGCCAGGCUUCUUACUUCUCUGACUCUACAUAUGGCUGCAGAAUUCCCGAAAGGUGAUCAUGAGGCUUUGGACGGAAAAUGUCACCCAGUACACAGCAGACAUGCCAAGAGCCAUUGUUCCUGCAGUUCACUUUUCCUGCAAAAGUGGAUCUGUGUCACCCUUUGCUGCUGAGACCAGCUGCCACGGUCUUUCUUGCAUUUGUUUAGUGCUUUGUUCUCCUCAGGGCAGGGAAGUGGUAUAGCGCCUGACCCGAACAUGUAGCCAUCUAUGACUUCCUGAGUGGAGUGUUGGGGGAGGGCCCUGAGGAGUCUGUGGUCCUGAGGCCUCGGACUUCAAAAGGAGGGGAGGGCCCUGUGUCAUCACCAUGACUGAUGCGAAUGCCACCAGGAGUCAGGUCAUCGCAGGCCUUCCUGCUGCCUCUGGUUGCCUCGGCCAUAGGGUCCCACAAUCUUACACCUGUUACAACUCCUUUUUCUACAGAUGGGGUAAUUGGGAUCCACUGUGAGGAAGUGACUUUCACCUGAGGUCACUCUGCACAAGGCCUAGAACUUGAAUUUUCAGACUUGCCUUCAGGACCCUGGGGAUUUCUGCCAGGAAGGCUCCACGGGGUUGGUCCCCUGCCCUGGAAGAGCUCAGAAGGUCCCCUCUGGCCCGCCUGGGACCCCAAGAUGGCCUCCAGCUCAGCCAGCAGCCCCCGCCCAGCCCCUGAUGAGAAUGAGUUUCCCUUUGGGUGUCCCCCCACCGUCUGCCAGGACCCAACAGAGCCCAGGGCUCUCUGCUGCACAGCUUGUCUCUCUGAGAACCUGAGGAACUGUGAAGAUCAGAUCUGUCCCAAAUGCAGAGGGGAUGAUGUCCACUCUGUAAGCCCAGGAAAACUUCUGACUCAGGAGAAGGUUCACCCUAAGACGAAUGAAGCUGGAGUUGGGUGCCCCUUUGCAGGUGUUGGCUGCACCUUCAAGGGGAGCCCACAGUCCAUGCAGGAGCAUGAGGUCUCCUCCCAGGCCUCCCACCUAAAUCUGCUGUUGGGGUUCAUGAAACAAUGGAAGAUCCAGCUGGGCUCUGGCCUCGGGCUCGCACCCAUGGCUCUGGAGCAGAACCUGUCAGACCUGCAGCUGCAGGGGGACCUGGAGGUAGACUGCUACCGGGCACCCUGCUCGGAGAGCCAGGAGGAGCUGGCCCUGCAGCACUUCAUGAGGGAGAAACUCCUGGCCGAGCUGGAGGGAAAGCUGAGCGUGUUUGAGAACAUCGUUGCUGUCCUCAACAAGGAGGUAGAGGCCUCCCACCUGGCCCUGGCCGCCUCCAUCCACCAGAGCCAGCUGGACCGUGAGCGCAUCCUGAGCUUGGAACAGAAGGUAAUGGAGUUGCAGCAGACGCUGGCCGAGAAAGACCAGGCCCUAGGCAAGCUGGAGCAGAGCCUGAGCCUCAUGGAGGAGGCAUCCUUUGAUGGCACCUUCCUGUGGAAGAUCACCAAUGUCACCAGGCGGUGCCACGAGUCAGCCUGCGGCAGGACCGUCAGCCUCUUCUCCCCAGCUUUCUAUACUGCCAAGUAUGGCUACAAGCUGUGCCUGCGGCUGUACCUGAACGGCGAUGGCACAGGGAAGAGGACGCACCUGUCACUCUUCAUCGUGAUCAUGAGAGGGGAGUACGACGCUCUGCUGCCAUGGCCUUUCCGGAACAAGGUCACUUUCAUGCUGCUGGACCAGAAUAACCGUGAGCACGCCAUUGACGCCUUUCGGCCCGACCUGAGUUCAGCAUCCUUCCAGAGGCCCCAGAGUGAAACCAAUGUGGCCAGCGGCUGCCCACUCUUCUUCCCCCUCAGCAGGCUGCAGUCUCCCAAACAUGCCUAUGUGAAGGAUGACACCAUGUUCCUCAAGUGCAUCGUGGAAACCAACGCUUAGGGAUCACCAGGACUGAUGGGAGGAAGGGAUGGGUGCCCAUGUGAAUUCAGACUGUCCAGGCCUCGACUAAGUUCCCCCUCACUGGAGGUGAAUAAGAAUAUCCAGAGGGCUGCACUGGAGCAUCAAAUUGGCGCAGGGCUGUGUAGGGAGGAGGAAAGGUAAAAAUGAGCUGGAGUGCAGAUGGCUGCUCUCCCCAAAGCACCUGCUGGGUGACCCUUGGCCUGAUAUCAGCAGGAGGAGACCAUGAUUUAAAAUGUUGAAUGAUUUCUCUUCCAACAAAGCUCUAUGUUAAAUGCACCAAAGACCUGACAUUUCAUCACUUAGAGGUAACUCAAGGGUGGGGAGGCAAGAUGCAAGCAGAGCCCCUAUUUCCCUGGGCCCUCACAACCCCCCAGUAUGGCUGUCAGCCUUUAAUCCCCUUUUACAGAUUAGGAAAGUGAGGCCAGAGAGACCAGGUGCUUUGCUCAAGGUUGGGUGGGGGUAGUUGGCAUUAGAAACCAGGUAUUUUGUUUCUACUUUCCUUCCUCUUCAAGCUUCCUUUUGGGUAAAGUGUUCGACCACAAUGAGGUUACAUCCUCAUGGGAGACCCUGAGAGGCAGAAGAUCCUUCUGCCCCAGCCAGAGCGCCAACCCUAAAGGCCUGCUAAUGCCAGCGCUGGCCCCGCCCCCAGAGGGCAGGACUGUGUGCACAGUCAGCUCCACACAGCCUGCUCACAGAGGCCACCUCGCCAGCCAGGGCUGGGCAGGGAGGACAACAGUUAUUUAUGCCUUUGGUUGUUUGUUGUAAGAGACACAUACUCAUAACAGAAAAACUGGAAAACUACAGAAAUAAUAUAUAGAAGAAAGUAAAAAUCACCCAUGAGCCCAGCAUCCAGAGAGCACAGCUGAGCACAUUUUAGUCAGUUUUCUUUUUCUUUUGAAAACGUAGAUACAAACACACACAAGCACACAGACUUUAGCAGAUGUAAUUAGAAUCCUGUUAAUCACUGGUGUUCUCCUUUUUUCCCUUAAUAUCUUACUACAUACAACCUUCUACCAUUAAUUAGCCUCUUCUUACAGACAAACACGAGGAAACUAAGAAAAGUGGAGAAAAGUUGCUCCAAACAGGUGGGGGGACCGGCAUUCAAACUCAGGUCUUCUGACGCCAAAGCCAGGGCUGAAAUUGUCAGAUCUGAUUUCAGAUGGAGAAAGUGAGGCACAGAGGGAUGUGAUGUGCCUGUGAUCACGUGACUAGUUCCUGACCUCAGGUCUCCUGGACUCAUCUCUGUCCUCCAUCCAGUGUUGGUGGG